AGGAUGCUCUCGCUCGCCCUUUCGCUAUCUCACUUGCUUAAAGAGAAAGUCGGGAAGAAGAAGAAGCGCUCUCUUUGUUAAAGCGCGCUCAUUCAGUCGUUUUCCUGUACAUGGUAUCGGAGGGAAAGGACGACAGCAACGCGUCUGACUGACUCCAGUUUGCGUUUCUCUGCGGCAGCUGAAUGGAUUUAACCUGCUGCGCUCCCUCUCUGUGGUUGCGUCGGAGCGCGCGGACAUCCUCGGGAUGAGCUGGAGCUUCUCCCUAUACGCACGCGGCGCAUGCUGGAUCAUAUCCCUAAUCCAAGUGAGCGACAGCAGAAAGAAGUUGCUGAGGCUCUCACGAGGACUCUCCGCGGAAUUUGUGGGAUCCUUGAAUCAGAACACUAAUUUAUUUUGAUCAUUUUCUUAAAAUCGUUGGAUUUCAACCUUUUUCGAAGAUCGUUUAGUUCUUACAGCAAAAGCAGUCUGGAGAGAAUGAGGUGUCGCUGGGUGAAGCAUGAGCUGUCAGAGAAUCAGUCAUAGGCGGCUGUUUCUGUCAUGGGAGGGGCUCGCCCUCAGCCUGUGGCUGUGCUGCUGCGGCUGGACCUGCGGGGUGACCCCCGCCGGAGCCGCGGCAGCCGGACCAGGCGACAGCGCGCCGCGCUCCCUGGAGUGGCUGCUGUCCGAUAAAGGGCCCUUCCACCAGAGUCUGGAGUUCACGGAAGCUCUCGAGAGGUACCAGCAGGGCUUCACAACCAGAUACAAGAUCUAUAGGGAGUUCGGUCGAUGGAAGGUGAACAGCCUGGCUGUGGAAAAGCGAGUCUCUUCAGGAGGCAGCGAAGGUUUGGCCUUGCCACUUGACCCCGACUUCAUGCACACCAUUCGGCAACUGGGGCGAAGGCCAACCCUCCAGAUGAUUACAGAGAGUCUAAUCAAGAAAUAUGGAACCCACCUCCUGCUCUCUGCCACUCUGGGAGGGGAAGAGUCUUUGACAAUAUUUGUGGACAAACGGAAGCUCAGCCUGGAGUCAUCUACCACAGGGGAUGAAGGCAGCAACAAGAUCACCAAUGCCACCGGCGCCGUGUCUCUGGAAGCUCUUCAUCAGCUGGCUGCUUCGUAUUUUGCUGACAGAGAGGGCACCCUGCGCAGGCUGCACCACCUUCAGAUUGCAUCCACCGCCGUGCGGGUGACCGAGAUGAGAACUGGGCCUCUUGGGUGCAGCAACUAUGACAAUCUGGACACAGUCAGCUCUGUUUUGGUUCACAGUCCAGAAAACAAAGUUCAGCUCCAAGGGCUGCAGGCCAUCCUACCAGGCUACCUUCAGAGCUGCUUCAUCCAGGCGGCACUCAACUACAUUGGCUGUAAAUCUGAGGGUCAGUUUGUUUGCCAGAACAAUGACUGCUGGUGUGAGUGCAGCGCGGCUUUCCCGCAGUGCAACUGUCCUCUCUCUGAGCUGGACACCCUGGAGAAGAGCCUGCUGCACAUAAGAGACUCCUGGAGGCAGAUCAACAGGGAGUUUGAAGAAUCCGAGGAGUUCCAAAGCUUUGUAGGGAAACUGCCAACUCAUUACGCUGUGAACACCUCAGUGGUGGAACACCUGUGGAGGAUGGAUGCUGGGUUGCUCCAGCGCUACAGGCAGCUGGAGAGCAGCAGCAACCAGCUUUUCUCCAAAGCUCAUCGCACAACUAACAAGCUCUUCAGUCUGAGCAGGAGAUGCAGGAAACAGCCUAAAAUCACGCUGCCAAGUCCCAGGCUGGUGCAUUUCUGGGUGAGCUACGCCCUUUCCAUGUUGUACUGCAGUGAGAACAAGCAAGUCGGUGUCUACAGUGAAAGGAGCCGCAGCUGCUCCUGUCCCCUCAAUCGUCCAGCAUGUCAAGGUCUCAUCCCCUGCUCAGUGGGUGACGGUCCCCACUGUUCCUCCUGUUCCCCAGACAACCGGACACGAUGCUCCAGCUGCAACCCAGGCUUCACCCUGACCCAGGGAGCAUGCCGGCCGGCCGUGCCUGACCCAACAGACCCUUAUCUGAGCAUGGAGAGUGACAGAGAUCUUCAGGAUCUUGAGCUGCGCUACUUGCUGCAGCGGCGAGACCCACGAAUCACUCUGCACGGUGUAUUUGUAAGCAACGAUGUACGCAUCAACACCUGGUUUGAUCCCUCCUGGAGGAAAAGAAUGCUGCUCACCCUCAAGAGCAACCGGGUCAAGUCAAACCGUGUGCAUGUGCUGCUUGGACUGACACUGCAGUUCUGCCUAACCAGAAACAGCACUUUGGAGCCCACACUGUCCCUGUUCGUCAAUCCUUUUGGGGGCAGCCACUCUGAGAGCUGGACCAUGCCUAUUGGUCAGCAUGGAUAUCCCGACUGGGAGCGAACCAAGCUGGAUAUUCCCCUGGACUGCUACAACUGGACACUAACUCUUGGAAACCGAUGGAAAAGCUUCUUUGAGACGGUACACUUCUACCUGAGGAGUCACGUCAGGGAUUAUGGGUUUGUGGCAGGAGGAGGCAGGAACACCACGCUGUUUGACGAGGACAUGGAACCAACCAAUAAUAUCGGUUACAUGAAGGUGAACAGCAUGCAGCUGUUUGGAUACAGCGUCCAUUUCGACCCUGAAGCCAUCCAGGACCUGAUUCUACAGCUCGAUUACCCAUACACUCAGGGAUCACAGGACUCUGCCCUGCUGCAGCUGGUGGAGCUGCGCUAUAGGAUCAACCGCCUCUCGCCUCCAGGGGCCCCGCAUGUGGAUCUGUUUUCCUGUCUGCUCCGCCACCGACUCAAACUGUCCAGUGCAGAUGUGACCAGGAUACUCACUGCCCUGCAAGCUUUCAGUGCCAGACAACCAAACUACUCAGAAUACGAGGCGAAUAAACUGUGUGCCUAAUGGCCACAAAUUCAUGCCUUGAAAUGCUUCUGUGUUGACAGAGACAGGCUUUUUUAGUCAGCUGGAUCAUACCGUGUCAAGUGUGUGGUAUGUGCUUUAAGACUGUGUUGUACAUACACAACAUGCAAUUAAAUUUGAUGUUCCUGUUUUCUA